ACUUUCGACCUGGAAAUCUUAGCAGUCUCUUUUGCAGGCUCGGAUAUCAGGGGUGGCCGAACCGGACUGGACGUCCGCAGACAAAGCUGACCGAGCACUCGCCCCCUCAACCUCAUCAUGGCCUCUACUGGUCUGCAAAUCUUGGGGAUCGUCCUGACCCUGCUUGGCUGGGUCAACGCCCUGGUGUCCUGUGCCCUGCCCAUGUGGAAGGUGACCGCCUUCAUCGGCAACAGCAUCGUCGUGGCCCAGAUGGUGUGGGAGGGGCUGUGGAUGUCCUGUGUGGUUCAGAGCACUGGCCAGAUGCAGUGCAAGGUGUAUGACUCACUGUUGGCGCUGCCCCAGGACCUGCAGGCUGCCAGAGCCCUCUGUGUUGUCACCCUCCUCAUUGUCCUGCUUGGCCUGCUCGUGUACCUGGCUGGAGCCAAGUGCACUACCUGUGUGGAAGAUAGGAACUCCAAGUCUCGUCUGGUGCUCAUCUCUGGCAUCAUCUUUGUCAUUUCUGGGGUCCUGACGCUCAUUCCUGUCUGCUGGACUGCCCACUCUAUCAUCCAGGACUUCUACAACCCCUUGGUGGCUGAUGCUCAAAAGCGGGAGCUGGGGGCCUCCCUCUACCUGGGCUGGGCAGCCUCAGGCCUUUUGCUGCUGGGUGGAGGGCUACUAUGCUGCGCCUGCUCUUCUGGAGGGACCCAGGGACCCAGACAUUACAUGGCCUGCUAUUCUACAUCUGUCCCACAUUCUCGGGGACCCUCCGAAUAUCCCACCAAGAAUUAUGUGUGAUGCUCACUGGGGAGUGAGGCUCUGCUAGCCAGGGAACCUGAGCUGAGCCAUCAAGAAAGGUUACGGAGUAGUUUGGGGGUUGUCUUAUUUCUUGUUUUUCUUUUGUACUACUGGGUAUUGAACCUGGGGCCCCACGCAUUUGGUAGGCAAGCACUCACCAGUGAGUCAUGUGGUGCCCUGUCUGUCCCUAGGGUUUGUUCCACCUGUUUUUGAGACAAGCUCUUCUCAUGGAGCUCUGAUCGACCUCCAGCUCCAGUUUUCCUGCCUCAACCUGAGUCCAAGCUCCACCUCUCUCUCUGCUGCUGGCAUUUCUCACUUUUAGCUACUGAGGCUGGGAGGAUGGGACACUUGAGUUUCUGCGUCAUUAUUCAUUCUGGGGAUCUUCUGUGCAGUGUUCUAAGGCUGCCUGGCCUUUGUUUUUCUCAAAAUAUCCUGUCCCAGUCCCAAGAGUUCCUGCUGUGGCCGGAGGUAACUCACAGGACAGACGCACCCCUUCCUGGUCAGACUUCUCUCCAGCCCUGGAAGGGCAGGUGAUAAGUUACCAAGGAAUUUUCUACCCUGAGACUUCCAACCUUUGGCCCCUGAAUCCCAUCGCCAAGGUUACUGUGUACUCUCCCUACAAAAGGUCCCAGCUGUGCUGUAGACCCUCCUCCCCCACACCUUGCACACUUCCCUGCUCACACAAUGCUUUACUAAAUAAAACAUGAUUUUUUUUUCUUA